AUGGCAUCUCCCAGAGCCCUGGCUCUCGCAUUGCUGGCUCUCCUCAAGGCUUGCAAUGCCAACGACGGCGGAAGCACCCCGACGCCCACCGUCACGACAGCGCCCAUCUUUAUACCGUACUACAGCGAAGAGCAAUGGUCUGCCGUUCGGGGCAGUAUCAUCUCGACGAACCAGACGGCAACCCAAACGACAUACACUAUUUUUUGUCCCACAGCAACUCAGGUUGCUUGCGACCUGUCACUUGAAUUCCCCUUCAUUAUCGUCGAAGGCCCAAGCACACUCAAGUUCCACGGCACCUUGACCUCCACGUACUACUGCUCCGGCUAUACCAAUGGCAAAUACACCGGUCCGACAGCGGUAUCGUGGACAUCAACGUUGACCGGGUCCAACAUCCACUGGGGCACACUCACCCUCGCCGACAAGCCGACGGAGACGGACGAUUCGCUCGAAGUGACGGCGACCAAUAUCGCUGCGCCGACGGUGCCUUCGUCCCAAACGUAUAAUUCCACUCCGACGCAAAGGGGUGCCGGCGAGAAACUGCCGUCAAAUCCAAGUUGGGCUCCAACAAUGGCGCUGUUGAGCAUAUUUGCUAGUGUCGUCAUUAUAUAG